UGGAAAAUCACAACCGUAAGAAGCCAAUAUGUACUUCAUUGUUCUCUAGUCUUUUCUUCUGCAGUCUUAUUAUUUAGCAAACAUACAAACUCCCCUUUUUUUGAUAAAGUACACAUACAUGGCAGGUCUCAAACUUAGCCUCUUCUUCCUCGUGCUCCUCCAAGCAAUAUGCUUUCUUCCUCGUGGAGUGCACUGCGGGGACGAAGACGAUCUUCUCCAAGGACUCAACAGUUACAGAACAUUAAUACGCAAACCACACCUCACAGAGAACGAAAAAGCAAAGUGCAUGGCUAAAAAGAUUGCAAAAGAUUUAGAGGACUAUAAAUGCAACGCCACCAAUGGUGUAAACACCCCAGUGUCCACCCAGCAAAGCUUUGCCACCGACAAAAUUCUAAGCGAGUGCAAAAUUCUCCCGGAAAGCACCAAAGAAGGAGUUAUACUGUCAGUUUGUGUGCCCGAUCUGGUGCCAAGUCUUGUGUUCACAAACUUCACAUACACUUACAAGUACACAAAGUUCUUGAAGAGUGCCAAUUACACGGGAGCCGGGCUCGGCUGUGCUGAGGACUGGAUGGUGCUAGUGCUGACAACGAACACCACCGGCGGGAACUUUACCCCCACCAGCGGAGCAAGUUCUUUGGGGUUGAGGAAGAUCAGUGGUUUGAGUUAUAACGUGGUGGGGUUGGUGAUGGGAUUGCUUGUUUAUUUGGUGUUUUGAUGGUGAUUAAUUGAGGUGGUAUUAUUUUGUUGCUUGUGUUUGAGUUUUGGUGUGUGAAUUGUGAGUGAUGAUUUGUUUUAUUGUGUUGAAGGAUUGUAAUUUGUUCGUGUAAUAUACAAAUUCACUUGUAAUUAUAAUAAGAACAUGAAAAUGGUUACAGAAAUAAAUUUUUUUAUGAAUAAUA